GUCACUUGCUUCUUUUAACUGACGGCUCAAUCUUAAAAUCAAAGAAAGUGUGUUGUGUCUGUGUUUGUACUACAACACACAACACAACAGUUAUCACAUUAUUUUCACAUUCCUCUUACCUUUUCUAAUCAUCUCUGAAGAUCUAUCUCUCUUUAGAUCCAUCAGCUAUGGCGAAUCUAGUCCCUGGUGUAUUACUCAAGCUCCUCCAGCACAUGAACACCGACGUCAAAAUCGCCGGAGAACACAGGUCAUCUCUCUUACAAGUCAUUAGCAUCGUCCCUGCUCUAGCCGGAGGAGAGCUUUUCUCAAACCAAGGCUUUUAUCUCAAAGUCUCUGACUCCUCUCACGCCACCUACGUCUCUCUCCCUGACAAGCAAGAUGAUUUGAUUCUCAGCGAUAAGCUCCAACUAGGCCAGUUCAUUCAUGUUGACAGAGUUGAGUCUUCUUCCCCUGUUCCGAUUCUCUGUGGCGUUAGGGUUGUUCCCGGUAGGCAUCCUUGUCUCGGCACUCCUGAAGAUAUUGUAGCUACUCAGUUCCUCAGUGGUAAUGGUUUGAAACCAAAAGAGAGAGUUAAGGCAACUGCCAAAGGAGGAGUGGUUGCUCCUAAUAAGAGUGAGUCUUGUGAGAGUAAGAAACCGUCUUCUCUGUCCAGAGCCAAGUCAGGUUUGAGUUUGGAUGUAAGAAAGGAACCAUUGAGGAAGUUGAAGACUUCAAAGUCAAUCCCUUCUUCUCCCACUAGCUGUUAUUCUCUGCCUACUUCUUUUGCAAAGUUUGCAAAUGGGAUUAAGCAGCAACAGACGGUGAAGCCGGAGAAGGGGCGGUUUCUUCUCAAAGUGGAGAGUCCCAGUGUUGGGAAGAAGCUUCCUCUGAUUAAGAACUUUGUGCAAGGGAUUGAGUUUGGAGCUAAGGCCUUGAGGAAAAGCUGGGAAGGGAGUUUAGAUAUCAGAGCUUCAGAUAGCUCCGGGCUGAAGAAGCUUACCAAACGUGAUACAACCCCUGAUGCCAGGAGUUUAACAGCACCGAGGAAAAGCACAUCUAGUGAGAAGUUGCCUAGUAAACAGGAAAGGGCUAAUGUAUUUGCUAAAUCAUCAAAGGAGCAAAGUAAGACUCAAUCAACCAAGAAGGUUGAGGCAACAGGAAUAGUGGAGACCAAAGAUAAAACUAGUCGGACUAAGUCUAUAACCAUAGACAAGAAAUCUACUACAGAGAAUGGAUUGCCUGGGAGUUUAGUCAAAGUCCCUGUUAAUAGUAAACGAUUAGCUUCUGCUAGUACCCAAUGGAGUUCACUACCUUCAUCUCUUUCAAGGCUAGGACAGGAGGUUUUGAGGCAUAGAGAUGCUGCUCAAGUUGUUGCAAUAGAGGCCUUGAAAGAAGCUUCAGCUUCCGAGAGCCUACUUCAAUGCCUCAUUAUGUACAACGAUCUUAUGUCAACGGCUAAGAUGGAUGAUCCGUUACCGGUAGUUGAGCAGUUCUUGAAGCUCCAUUCCAGUUUGAAGAACGUUCAGAUAGUAACCGAGUCGUUGUCUAGAUUAGUGUCUUCAACAUCUUCUGUAGAAGAUGAAGCAAACAGAUCUGAGGAAACUGUGAAAGCGGCUCUGGAGAAGCAGAAGUUAGCAGCCUCUUGGGUCCAAGCUGCGUUGGUCACUAACUUAUCAGCCUUCUCUGUCUACUCCACCAAACCAGCCGCGUCCAAGAGCAAACCAGUGAUCAUACUCGAGAGCCAGGGCAAUAACACAACCAGUAAACCCCGUGGAAAUGUCCAAAACCGGCCAACGUUUGGAUCAAAGCUUGUGGCACAAGGCAUGAUCCGUAAAAGCAGCCAAAAGGCCACCACGGUUGCAGCAGGAUCAGAGUCUCCACCGCCGAAGUGGGUGAAAGGAAAUGGUCUGAACGAGGCAACUGAUCUGGCAGAGAAGUUGCAAACGGUGUCUCAAGACUGGUUCUUAGGAUUUGUAGAGAGAUUCUUGGACGCAGACGUUGUGGAGACAAGCUCGAACCUGUCUGAUAACGGGCAGAUAGCUGGGAUGCUGUCUCAGUUGAAGAGUGUGAAUGAUUGGUUAGACGAGAUAGGGUCGAAAGAGAAUGGAGAAGGGUUACAAGAAGUGUCGAAGGAAACGAUUGAUGGAUUAAGGAAGAAGAUAUACGAGUAUCUUCUGACGCAUGUGGAGUCAGCAGCUGCAGCACUUGGUGGUGGCUCUGUUUCUUCUCCUAGACACAAACCAAUUGAAACCAAAGCAAAGAGAUAGAUAAUGAAAGAAGCUUCUACUUAUUUGUAUAUAUGAAAAUUGGCGGCCAAGAUGAAAGCCUACCGACGUGAAUUUUUUUAUUCAGACAUACACUUAGUAAAGAGAGCCUCUUGGCUCAAAAGAUUUCAAUAUAUUUUUUUCACAGA